AUGGUUGGUGUUUUAAAUAGCAUCUUUAUAAUUGUUUUAACUGUGGAAUCCAUGAUAAGCAUUGCAGGAAAUGUCUUCAUAGCACUGGUGAAUUGCAUGGACUGGAUGAAGAGAAGAAAGGGUUGUUUUGUUGACCAAAUCCUCACUUCUUUGGCAAUCUCCAGAAUUGCUCUGCUCUGCUCAGCACUGACACACACGUUGUUAUAUGCAACACAUCCAGGUUCUCUGAAGACUGCAAACAUAAUAAGAAUGACUACUGUCAGCUGGUUUGUGACCAAUCAUUUUAACAUUUGGCUUGCUAUGUGCCUCAACCUCUUUUAUUUUCUUAAGAUAGCCAAUUUUUCUAACUUUAUUUUUCUUUACCUAAAAAGAAGAGUUAAAAAAGUGGUUUUAGUGAUAUUGCUGAUGUCACUGGUUCUCUUAUUGUUCAAUAUCAUAGUUAUAGACAUACAGACUAAUGUCUGGAUUGAUGGAUUUAGAAGAAAUAUAUCUUACACCUCCAGUAUGAGGAACUUUAAAAAGCUUCCCAGACUUCUUUUAUUCAUCAGCUCUAUGUUCAUGAUCCUACCCUUUCUUGUGUCCCUGGCAGCUUGUUUUCUGCUCAUCUUCUCCCUAUGGAAACAUUUGAAGAGGAUGAAGAGGAUGCAGCACAAUGCUAAGGGGCCCAGAGAUGCCAGCACCAUGGCCCAUAUGAAAGCCAUGCAAACUGUGGUCACGUUCUUCUUACUUUAUACCAUCUACUUAUUGUGUCUCAUCCUACAGAUUUCAAGCUUUGAAUUUUUGGCAGAAGACCAAAUAAUUUUUUUUGAACAUGCUAUUGGAAUUGCUUUUCCCUCAGGACACUCACUUGCUUUGAUUUCAGGAAACAGUAAGCUGACAAAAGCCUUUUUUUCAGUGCUGUGGAGGCUGAGGUGCAGGCCAAAUGCUUAG